UCCGUCUUUUGCUUUUGUUCACAUUUUCUCGAUCAUGUCAGAAAUAUCAACACCUCCACGACUACUGUCGGCUUCACGGCCUGUUAAAAACUUCGACAAAAGAAAGACGGUGGCCGAGAAGGCUGCAGCCAAAAGGAGGAGAGACCGAGCUAGCCCACGCACGAGGAUCAACAUCGGCUCAUCUUUUGAAGAGUGGAGAGAGCUGAGGAGGCUGAGAGCUUUCAGCAGCGAUGCUGUGGCUGCGGUCUUUCUGUUGGACAGUUAUGAUAAGGACGCAUCGACUUCAAAGCUGCAGAAACACAGAUCUAUGAGACCACUUCCUCCUGCUGGACCAGGGCCUCUCUCUGAGCGAGACGAUGACGCCUCUGUAAAUGCUGAGGACAUUCUUGAGUUGUUUAAUAAAAGGGUAGCAGAGUAUGAAGAGGAACUUCAGCAUCUAAAAGAGGAGAAUGAGCAACAGCGCAGCCGACUGGAUGCUGUUUUCAACCCUAUCAUCCGCUUACACAGAGUAGAUGUCCAGCAGCUGAUGGUGAAAGAAGAGGCUCUUCAUGAGCAGGAGGAUUGGGACUCCAGUCCAAACCAGAAGAAUCCACUAGAGGAACAGGAGGAUCUGUGGGGCAGUCAGGAGCUUCAAGGAGCAGAGGAGGCUGCUACCGACAUGUUAACAUUCACUCCUGUCCCUGUGAAGAGUGAAGAAGAGAAACCUCAGUCCCCACAGUGUUGUGAAAACCAAGACACAGAGCAUUUGACAACAGAAGCCAGUAGAGAGGACUGUGGCAGAUCAGACCCAGACCAAGACUUUAAUCCACACUGUCAUUUACAGACAGUUUCUACUGAUGAGAUUUCACAGCUUUCUGGAUCUGACACUGAUGACAGUGGUGAUUUGGAGGAGAGCGAUGAACCUCGGGAAAGUUUCAAUACUCUGCUAAAUGAAAUGGACUGUGCUCCAAGCUCUGGACAAAACCAGAAACACAAAGGAAUCCAAACAGAAGAGAGACCAUACAGUUGCUCCGAUUGUAGUAAAAGAUUCCGUGGUAAGAAACAUUUACAACAACACAUGCUGCGUCAUUCAGUGGAGAAACCUUUCAGCUGCUCGGUUUGUGGAAAAAGCUUUAACUACAGAAAGGAGAUUGUGACACACAUGAGAGUCCACACAGGAGAAAAACCAUACAGUUGUUCAUUUUGUGGUAAAGAAUUUUCUCUGCAGGAAAAUUUAAGAAGACAUUCCAUUAUCCAUACAGGAGAGAAACCGUUUAGUUGUUCCAUGUGUUGUAAAAGAUUUUCCCAACAUGGACAUUUGAUCCAACAUUCAGUUGUCCACACAGGAGAGAAACCAUUCUGCUGUACAGUUUGUGGUAAAGGAUUUUCUUUGCGUGGAAAUCUGAGGACACACAGUAUCAUCCACACGGGAGAGAAACCAUUUAGUUGUUUAGUCUGUGGUCAUGGAUACACAACUAAUGGAUCUCUGAAAAGACACAACUGUUCAAAAAAGGCAGAACCCAGUUUUUAUGACCCAGAAAAUGAUAAAUGUGUUCAUGAAAGUAGCAGAAACAAAUGAUACAGUAAGAAAUCUGUCAAAUGUGACAAAGCCAAACAUUUGCUGUUUUAAUAUUUUGAUUGAAAAAUUAAAUGUACAACAAAGUGCUUCACAAUUAAUUUCAUUUUGGCCUAUCCACAGUCAAAGAACCAUUAUUUACAGCUAUUAUUUACUUCUAAAACGUGUUCCAUAAGCUCUCAUUCUAAACAUAUAUAUUUUACCAUUUAUUUUAACACAUUCUUGCAUGAGGUUGAAUUCUGAACACUGUCCUUCCUGUUCUCUCUCUACAUAUCUUUCCUUAAGUAUGGAUAUUUUGGAGCAUUGCUAAGUCAUGUUUGGCCAACUUUUAGGGGCAGAUAUGGGCCAGAAAUACCUGGUUAGUCUUAUUUGACCUUUUCCAGCAUUGGCACCAGAUGAUUAGACUGGAAUUAUUGGGAUGAACAGGAGAGGAGACAUCAGUUGAGAUGGAAAGUACAGCUGCUGAAGCAGAGGAAGGGGGAACUUUAGAGAGACAUGGAUGAGGAAAUACACGUCUGAUAUUUUCAAGUAGAUUUGACCAGCCACUUUUAGCAGCUUUUCUACCUCAUGUGUACUUCAUCCAAAGAGCCACAUUGGUGGAUCACUUUUGAAUAGGUACACAAAGUGAACAGAAAAUCAUCAGUGUGGACGAUCAGUUAAACUUCAUUUUAAACAUUGAUAACAGUGUUGACCCUAACUUCCCCACUGGUGCAUCUCUAGUUGUGAACCUAUAUUUGUUCUU